UUUGUUUACAUAUUUUAUUUUGAUUUUGUUCAAUAUAAAAUUUCACUUGCACUCUUGGGAUGAAUUGAGAGCAGCCGGCGCGCACAAUGCUGAGACAUUGCCUCGUCAACGUGGACUAUGUGCGUCUGCACGCCCAGCAGCAGUUGCGACCGAAGUGCGGCGAGAUCUUCUACGAACAGGAGGCGAACAGCUUCCAACUGAUUUGCCUGCUCUGCGAGAUGAAGCACUUUGGCUUCGAGGACUUCGCCCGCCACAUCCGGAACGUGCACUUCGACAAGCAGGGCCGGCCCCUGACCCAAACGGUCACGGGACUGGGAGCGUCCAGACCAGGUGCGGAUCAGGAGCUAAAGGCGACCGCUGCAGCCAGUUUGCUGGUGGACAGCCUGAAGGAGGAGCUCCUGUCCACCGAGGAUGCCCUGGAGGCGGAGGACACGGAACAGGAGCUGGACCAGGAAGAGGACAACCCUCUGCGCAUCAUGUCGCUUGAGGGUAAACAGUCCGAGGACGAGGCGACCAUGGAUACGAUGUGGCAGCCGGAUCGCGGCAGUUCCCCCGAUUCCUCCGACAACGAGGGCUGCGAUCUGCAGGUGAUGAGGGGUGUGGAUGAUGGCAAGGACGAACAACCGGAUGAGGAGGAGGACCAGCAGUCUGUUUUUAAGAAGCAGCGCCAGCCCAAGGGCUACAACUGUCCGCACUGCGAUCGGAAGUACACGACCCAGAAAUACCUGAACACGCACCUGAAGAUGAGCCACCCGCAUCCGCAGGCCUUUAAGUGCGACGACUGCGAGGCCACCUUCGAUGUGGACCGGGCGUUGGCCCAGCACCGUCGCAAGGAGCACACGGAGUUCGCCUGCCAGCUGUGCGACAAGGUGUUCAAGAGCUCGCGCUCCCUGCUCCGCCAUGUGCAGGGACAUUCCGGCGCCCGGACAUUCAAAUGCGAGCACGAGAACUGCGGCAAGUCGUUUGUCAACCAGCACAACCUCACCUCGCAUCGGCGUGUCCACAGUGAGGAGCGGAACUACGUGUGCGAGCUGUGCGGCUAUAGAUCCCGCUACCGGGAGGCGUUGAUCGUCCACCGGCGCACGCAUACGGGGGAGAAGCCCUUCCAGUGCCAGACCUGUGCCCGCCGCUUCGCCUCCAAGUCGCUGCUCAACGAACACCAGGCCAUGCACUCCACCGAGAAGCCCUACAAGUGCGACAAGUGCGAUUCGGCCUUCUCCCGCCCGAAGGCGCUGUACCAUCACAAGCACCUGCACUUGGGUAUCAAGAAGUUCAAGUGCAAGAUUUGCGGGAAUGCCUAUGCCCAGGCGGCAGGCCUGUCCGCCCACAUGCGGGCGCAUAAGCUCCAGGCGGCGACCAAUGCAACGGAGGACGUGGAGGCGGGCCCCAUCGAAGUGAUGUUCACCUACUGACCUGAAUGAGGGGAUCCUCUGCCUCUCGAAAUCGCAUUCUAUAUCCCCUAUAGUUUUCUCAUUAUAUCCAUGACACAUACAUCACGUAUUACGUCCACUUCUCUAGGUUUGAAGGUUUACAAAAGUAUAAAAACUUGUAGUUCAAGACACUAUCGUUCCAAUUUUUGAGAAGCCAAUCCUUUAAUUUAAAGAUAUUACUAGCUGUACCUUAAGAAACCCUUUAAAAAGAGGAAAUCUCUCCGUUUAUGUUUAAAAAGUAUUAGUUUCUACAUAUCAAUAGGGACAAUUUGUACAUACUGUUAAACCUGUUCAGCAUUAGGCUAGUCUUAAGCAACGAGUAUUCUUCCGCGUGUAUUAAACCUUAGAGAAACCACUUCGCACAGAACCCGGUACAAUACAAAUCCUGAAAAACGCUACACAAAAUGGUUUUCUCUUCAAAAAAACGAGU